AUGUCCCCACAACCAACCAUCAUUCCGACCACAUCGAUCAGACCGUUGUUUCCAAGCCAGAUCACCGCCAUUGCGCCCGAGCCACAGAUCACCGCCAUUGCGCCCGAGCCGCAGAUCACCGCCAUUGCGCCCAAACCACAGAUCACCGCCAUUGCGCCCGAGCCGCAGAUCACCGCCAUUGCGCCCAUAACACAGAUCACCGCCAUUGCGCCCGAGCCGCAGAUCACCGCCAUUGCGCCCGAGCCACAGAUCACCGCCAUUGCGCCCGAGCCACAGAUCACCGCCAUUGCGCCCGAGCCGCAGAUCACCGCCAUUGCGCCCAAACCACAGAUCCCCGCCAUUGCGCCCGAGCCGCAGAUCACCGCCAUUGCGCCCAAACCACAGAUCCCCACCAUUGCGCCCGAGCCGCAGAUCACCGCCAUUGCGCCCGAGCCGCAGAUCACCGCCAUUGCGCCCAUAACACAGAUCACCGCCAUUGAGCCCGAACCACAGAUCACCGCCAUUGCGCCCGAGCCACAGAUCACCGCCAUUGCGCCCGAGCCGCAGAUCACCGCCAUUGCGCCCAUACCACAGAUCACCGCCAUUGCGCCCGAGCCGCAGAUCACCGCCAUUGCGCCCGAGCCGCAGAUCACCGCCAUUGCGCCCAUAACACAGAUCACCGCCAUUGAGCCCGAACCACAGAUCACCGCCAUUGCGCCCAUACCACAGAUCACCGCCAUUGCGCCCGAACCACAGAUCACCGCCAUUGCGCCCGAGCCGAGCCACGCACCACCAUUCACUCCCCCUUAA